AAUAAAAUUAAACAAAUACUAAUAUAUAAAUAUUAUUUAAUAUUUAAUUGGAUGGUUUAUUUGAAAAUAAAUCCGAUUUCCAAUUUAAACAUCCUUAUUUCCGAUAUAAACUUUCCUCAACCUAUCAUAAACUCAUUACACCACAACAUGACUUUAUUCGCCAAUUGGGUGAAAUAUCAGCAUUAUGUCCAAACCAGCAACCCUAACGCACCACGUAUAUUGUCCCCGCAGGAAAUUGCCCUCGCAGGCGAACUAGCCAACAAUUUUAACUUUACAAAUAUUUUCCGUCAACGUCUCGAACUUGGACGUAGUUUUUACAUUACGGUCAAACAAAACUUAAUGGCCAUUUUUCAAAUCUGGAAUGCUGUUAUUAACGAAAAAACUGUGUUCGACAACUCGGGUAUUUGCAGCUCGAAUCCAAAUAUCCAAAAAACGUUUAUUUUCUGCGCAAACACCAUUCCCAAUCGGAUAAAUAUUGGAUUUUUGGGACCACAAACGUUUAUAGUCCCGCGGCUUAAAACAUACCCCGCAAAUUUGGAACCGUUUUACGCGCAUAACGAUAUUUUCGCAAAUAUAACGGAGCUGCAAACGCAGGUUAUACAACCUAGCAAUAAGCUAUACGCAGAGGCCUUUGCUUUGUCGAAGUCCGAAAACGCCAAAAUUGUCGGGUUUGAAAAUAACGAAAAGGAAAAAAAAUCCGACAGCGAAAAGAAGGAGGAUAAGGAGGACGAAAAUAAAUAUACAAAUAACGACGAAUACGAUAACGACGAUAACGGGAGCGAUAAUAAUUACGAAGAGAUAAACGAGAAAGUAAAUAUGCCCCAGGCAAAUUGCCAGUUCCAAAAUUCUCCCGAACGUUGGGGGGACUUUUUUUCGGAAUUAGUUAAAUUGGACAUGAACUUUGCAAACAACACCCAGAAGUUUAACGGGGGAGUGGAACCAAUUCGGAAAAUCCCAACCCCUACCGCUUUUAGGAAGUCGGUGAAACGUGGGUUUGCAGGUAUUGAGGGAGGUGAGGAUGGGACACAAAGCAAGAGGUUAAGGAAGGAAAGGAAAUAGCAUGCAAAGAGGAGAAACUGGAGGAGGAGCUUGCUUGUCGAUACAGCGCACUGGCCCGCGGCAGGGGGCGACAUCCGGUAGCGCGAUUAUUGGAAUAACGCCUCUGUACCUGUCGUUAAGGUCAGUCUAGAAAUUUAUAACUCCAGCCUGC